GACAAGCCCUUAAAAACACUUUCCUUCAAGCAUGAUAGCCAGGAAGAGGACAGACUUCACCAAGGAUGGCAAUAAACAUGGCAUUUUUAAGGGUUUUGUUUCUGCUGUUUUCGAUAUAUAAGGUAAAAGGGGGAGAUAUGUGCCCACCAGGUACUCACUGCAUAGCAAACUGCAAGGUUGGAAACAAUCAGCCAGAAUGUCAAGAUUGUCCACGUGGAACCUUUUCUACAAAAGAAAAUAUAGCAUCAUAUUGUGAAGUCUGUCGCGAUACAAAGUGUCCCCGAGGAACAGUCUUCAAAGAUACUUGUACUAGUACAACCGAUAACCGCUGUGAUUGUAAAGAUGGUAGCUACAUGGUACGCAACAUAGGCUCACAAUAUGGAAAAUGUAUCAUGCAUAAAACAUGUAAGAACAACGAGGUCGUCAUCAAAAACGGCACGGCAACCGAAGACACGCAAUGUGGACCAAAACCAACAGACCCUACUACUACCACUGGUCAAGAUGAGAAAGAAUCGACUAUAAGUAGUGAGCAUCACCCUGGCACUGAUGGUUACACCACUUCUACCCAGAUCCCAAAAGACAAUGAUGAGGCUGAUGAAGGAUCCAGUGAGUUGACAGGAGUACAAGUAUUAGCCAUUCUUAUAACGAUUGUAGUUGUAGUAGUAAUAUUGCCAAUAGUAAUUUACUUUUAUUGCUGCCAAAACCAAGCUGACGACAAUCGGGUCGUGACUACAACAAAUGAAGUGAGAAAAAAACGAAAAAGAGCACGCUCCAAUAAAUUAAAAAAUCGUAAAUCCACUACAUUAUAGACUAUAGAGUUGACUAGAGUUGGUUCCGUGUACCAAAGGAACCCGUACCUCGUGUGUUCACUUCAUUUCACUUCACUUCUAUUUUCGUAUUUAUUGAUAAUGCCACACCCUAUACCGUACUGGACACUGUACAUCUCGCCUAUUCUCACUUUAAGUUGGAUUAAAGUAAAAUUUU